UGCUACAGUUUCUUUACCCGCCGCACACAAUGAUGCAGUGCUAAACAGCCUUUCAUUUGUUUACAAGAGCGGUACUUCGAUAAAUGAGAGAUCAUGGAGCAUGAUGAUGAACUGAAUGACUUGCGGCUUCAGUUCCAAGCGCUACAAAAACAGCAAGAGAGAAGAAAACUGGAAAGGAAAAAGGAGAAAGAACCAGAGAAGCUCAAUGGCAGCGUUACCCAGGAUGAAUUAGAUCUAUCUAAGCAAGGAAUUCAGACAGACAAUCUCAAAGACAGACUGCCACAGAAUGAGAAUUUUCUGGACCAGCUGAGGGAGCUUAAGGAUGAAAAUGGUCGGCUGUUCAAACUUGUGAGUGAAAAGGAUUUUGAGAUUAAACACCUGAAGAAGAAAAGAGAAGAAGAACGACUGGCUUUAGCAGGGACAUCGGGCUUGGCAGGGGACAUAGCAGCCACCAAGAUUGUUGAGCUGUCCAAGAAGAAUAGAGAGCUGACUGCUGAAAUUGAGCGAGAAAAGAUUAAAUCCAGGCAAAACAGCAACAGAAUCAAAGAGCUUGAGAAGGAGCUGCAGGCCACUUUGGUGCACUCUCCAGCCGGGCAAAAGAGUGAUAAAAAGUCACAGAAUAAGAAGUCCUCUGACGACUGCGAGCAGGAAAAUCCAGUGGUGAAAUCUCUGCAGGAAAAAUUAGCCGCUGCUCAGCUGAAAGUGACUGAGUAUCGCAACCAGGUUCAGUCUGUCAAACAGGAGCUGAAAGUAGCUCAGAAGGUUUUAAUCAGUGAAGUUGGAGAGGAGGUCAACCUGCAGCACUUAUUAAGCUGCCCUGGGAGCUUUAGAGGUCGCUCUCAGCAGAUACUGGCUCUUCAGACACGGUUGCGGGACCUUGAGCAGCAGCUGAACUCAACUCAGCGAAGACAGCUGAGUGUCCUGAGUGCAGAGGAAGAGUUUUUUGGCGUGGAGGUCCCUCACAGAACUCCUCCUCAAGACAGGAACCUGAGCUACAUCCGCAGCAUUGAGAAAGAGAAGAGGGAGGCAUUUGAGAGGAUCUCAGUGGACUACGAGGCCCUCCUGAAAGACCACAAGGAUGUGAAGAAAAAGCUGGACGCCUCUAAGGCCAGGAACAAAUCUCUGUCUACUGAAAUGAAAACCCUGAAGAUCCAGAUCUCAACCCUCCUGGAGAAGGGUAAACAUGAUGAUGAGCUUGUGGAUGCUCUGCUGAAGCAGCAGACCCAGAUGCAGGAGGUGCUUAGACGACUCAGCCAGCAGCAGAAUGUACAGAACAAGGAGACCCAGCAGAGCCCGAGACAACAGCUGAGGAGUGAGUGUUCAGAGCACAACACUGUCAUCCAGAAGCUUAAGGCCAAGAUCAAAGAACUAGAAGAGCAAAUCCAGCAGCUCUCUGUCAAGCAAGAGGGUGCAGAAAGACAGUCCAGCCUCAAGACAACAAGUUGCAGUUCAGGAUCUCUCCCUGAAGAGGGAGACAUUAACAAAAGAAUAAUAUCUUCAGGGGGCCCAAGUUCUUCAAAAUGUCCGCAAUGUUCAGCUGAUGUGAGCACACUGAUGACCCAGUGUACUGAAUAUAAAAUCCUGUCUGUGGAGAAGAACAGACUCCUUGAGCUGGUUAAUGCCCUGCAGAAAAAAGAGAGAGAGAUGAACAAGAGGUUUUUGGAGGCAGAACAGAAGUACCAGGAGGAGCGCCGCAGGAUGGUGAUCCUGGAGCAGCAGCUGGAGAGGACACAAUUAGAUUCAAAGUAA